AUGUGUCCUCGGGAAGAGAAAGCCUUAGCUCGAUGCCUCCGAGAUGCACUGAACACCUACAUACCUCAUUUAGUCACAGGUCUGCCGGAGUGGAACAUCCCGCCAUGCGAGCCGCUGUUCGUGCCGUCUCUCUCGGUGCAACACUCCGCUGGCCCCAUCACCGUCACCUCCACCUUCACUGACGUCACCGUCACAGGACCUUCGCACAUGCGCGUUUUGGAUGUCAAAGUAAACCCCCGCAAACACGAGGUGGUGGCGAAGCUGUCGAUCCCGGAGCUGAAGUUGCACGGCAACUACCAGCUGCAAGGACAGCUGCUGAUGUUGCCUAUAGAGGGAGAGGGGAAAUUUUCUGCCAAAUACGGUGACAUCGCGGCGCUGAUAACCAUCGUGCUGGGCAGGCAGCAUCGUCCCAAUGACGUGGACGCGCUCAAGUGUCAGAGCCUGAGUGUCAAGUUCCACGUCGGCACCGCUUCCAUGCAGCUCGAGAAUCUCUUUGGUGGCGACGGAGAACUAGGUAAAGUAAUGAACAACUUUCUGAAUGAGAACUGGCAGACCUUAGCUGAGGAGCUUCAAGCGCCGAUAGAGCAAGCCCUGAGGGACUUCUUUAAGCCGCUCGCCGACCACGCCUUCGCUACACUUAACGCUGACGAUAUAUUGUCCCCCUAA